AAGAAGGAAACUUUACUUAUGCCAUAGAUAGACGCAAUGGAAAUCCUGUUUUAUUUUGUAAUCCCUGCGGAGAAGAUGGAAAAAAAUUUGGAGAAAAGAAAAUAACCGAAGAAGAAUUUCGCGAAUCAUCUCCCGAAACAAUUAGUUGUUGCCAGUUAGUAGAAUGGUUUAACGAAUUGGGCGAAGAAAAAAAAGAACUUCAAAAAUCAAGUCUUUUAGUUAUUUUAAACAGUCUAGAAGAAAAAGGAAAAUUGUGUCCUAGUUGCCUAGAAUUUCGCAAUAAUUUACAAGAUAAAAAGUUGAAUAAUGGCUAA